GUUAAUUGGGGUCACCGUGAAUGUGUCAGGAAGUUGAGUGUCAUGUCCCAAACUGCCAGUGAUCAGGUGAGCCUGUAAAGCGCGUACUCGGCCGUGCACAGCAUGGUUGCCGACUCUAGCCUAGCUGGUGGAGCUCGCUAGCGCCAGAGGUUUUCGAACCACCAUGAAGGCGAGCCGCUCCAACCCCGGCUUACUGCGAGUCUGCGUCCUGUCCUGCUUCCUCUUCCUGCUGUGUUCCACCUGCACCGGAGUAGCGGCCGGCCGGAAGAUGGCCUCCCAUCACCGCACGUUGAAGCGCAACCGCCGGAGUCCCAAAGGCGCGCACCACCGGCCGCUGACGGACGAGCAGAAAGCGGAUCAGAACCUGCAGUUCAUGCUGAGCCUGUACCAGAGCGCAGCCGAACCGGACGGCAGGCCCAAACAGCACCGGAAGUUCGGCUCCAACACGGUGCGUCUGCUCAGACCGUCCGCGUCGUCGGUGCACUACCUGCCGGCGUCAAGAGACCACCACUACAGCUUCACAGUUCAGUACAACCUUGACACUCUUCCCUCGGAGCAGCUGAUCAGAGCCUCAUUCAUCCACCUCCGCUCUUCAUCCUCUCCCUCCUCCUCCUCCUCCACAACCAUCCGGGCCCUCACGCCGCCCCGCUGCAGGGCUCAGAUCACCUCGCUGGGCAAAGCGAGUCUGGUCACCCUGGAGCCCCACGAGCGGUGGACAGAGACGGACAUCACCGCGCACGUCCAGCGGGGAAAGACACGUAGCCCGGGGGGACACUUGACCCUCACUGCCCAGUACUGGUGCACCGAGCCUGGGCACGCUGAAGAGGACGACAGCCUCUCGUGGUGGUUUCGCCUUCAAGGGAGGAAACGAUGGAGAGGUGAGCCUCAUCUUGAAGUCCCGUCUCUUCUUUUAUACGUGGAGGAGGAAAGGGAGGUGAAGGACUGGAUGGGGGACUUGCUGGGGGCUGAAGGGGAAAGCAUCAUGAGGCGAAUGGGACAGUGGCAUCCCUCGGUUCGCCAGCGCCGCCGCCGCUCCAAAGACCUCUCAUCUUCAGAGGCUGAAAACACGUCGCUGGACGUUCUGAAAAACGCCCCUACUUCCUCAUCCUCUUUCUCCACCUCCCCCUCUUCCUCCAUCAUCUCUGACAUCCCCAUCUACAAACACAAAACAAGCACGCCCAAGAACCGCUGCAAGCUCCACUCCUUCCGCCUGUCCUUCGACGAGCUCGGCUGGGGCCACUACUUCAUCGCUCCGCCCGUGUACAACCCGCGCUUCUGCCAGGGCAACUGCCCGAGGGUGCUCCCUUACGGCUUCCACUCGCCCAACCACGCCAUCAUCCAGACGGUCAUCAACGACCUGGGCGUCGGGGACGUCCCCCCGCCGUCCUGCGUGCCCUACAAGUACAUGCCCAUGAGCGUGCUGGUCGUGCACAAGAAGAAGGUGGAGUACAGGGAGCUGGAGGACAUGGUGGCAGAGUCGUGCACGUGCCGCUAAAGACUCUGAGAACAGAGACUAAAAGGGGCGGAUCUGGUGGGUCAUUUUGUUCAAUCGACAUCGUGGCGGCGAACCAUAACGAGCUCCAGACUGGAAGGAGGAAGUCGUUGUGGUUUCAGAUCCUCACCAUCCCUGUUAAAGCACUUUAAAAGGCAGCUGCUGAGUGAACUAUGGGUUGUGUCUAUUUACUGGUUUUUCUUUUUCUGAGUGAUUGUUCUGUGAGCUGUGUGCACAUUUGCUCUAUUCAUGGUCACUAAUGUAUUUUUCCAAAGGGAGCUGGUAAAUGUGGAAGCAUUUAAGCCACUUGAGGGUAAUUUAACUAAGUGAUACUGUGAUUUAACUUCCAGGGUAACUUCACAGAAUACAUUCAACUUCUACAGUCACUUGAUAAAACUGACUUAACAUCAGGGGUAGCUUUUUAAGAAAACUGAUCGAGGAGCAACCACACAUGUUGACUCCAUCUUCAACCUCAAACCGCAGCCAUCUAAUGAAUAAUAUCUUCCUGUGUAUCUUUGUUUCUCUUUAUUAUUCUUUUUUUAAAACCUGAUUUGUGUUUCACAUCAGGGGCUGCGAUUCGCACGAAGAACCAGCCUCGGCAACAAAAAACACUAAUUGUGUGUAGAAAAACCCAAAUAUUUCUGUUUGUGUUAGGACCGUUUGAGGCCACUCUGCUAAAAAAACAAAAAGUAUUUUAACGGACGAGGGGUCGGCCGUAUUAGAUGAGGCCUUGCGAUUACUGUUUACAAUCUCAACUUUUGCAUUUUGUAUGUAUUUAUAACGGGAGGGGUCUCCAAAAAAUUAGAAAUAAUUGCUGCUACUGGCCUGUCUCAGAAAAAAAACAAAAAAAAACAAAAAAUGAAGGAUUAAGAAAAGGUGUAACUGUUGAAUGUUAAAGAAGACAAAUAGAAGUGUUGUAGUGGAAAGGAAUGCAAUUUUUAUUACGAGUGAAAAUGAAUAAUAAAAUAAAAUGCAUGUUUUCUAAAACCUAA